AUGUCCAGUCAAACAAACCCAGCACAGGAAAUUCACCAUACCACACAGGAUUAUCUCGGGCCUUCCGACAGCGGUCGGGAUGUUUCAAUCAAGCCCGAGGCCUCCCCACAGGCCGGGCGAUCUUCCCGCAUUGCUACACGAAUCCCGAGGAGAAAAGGACCGUCUCCUCGCACCCCGCAGAUGCGCUCCCCACCAUCACCGGCAUCUUCAUAUGCUUCUGCUUCUCUAGGAAUCCCCGACAUCAAGAAAUGGUCCAUCCUAGGCCUCGAACUAGCUCUUGAAAAUGCAGAUAUUCCAUUCUCACGUAAACAAACAAAGGCGCAACUGUUCAGCCUACUCCGCGAUAGCCGGAGGGCUACUCAACCCCCGCAAACAGCCGUGACAGCAAGCUCUGACUCCUCGUCUCUGCAAGCACGGAGUACACCGUACACCCGAAAGACACCAGGGAAAACACGGAGGUCUCAAAGACACCGCAUGAAGCCAUCAGCUAGCCUGGGUCGCCCGCCGAUGUCUCCAGCAGCCAGCUCACAAGCGACAGGAGCCGACUCGAGCAUGAGGAUGCCUCCGCUAACGAGUCAGGCCCCGGUUUUCGAUGCAGGAGCGGACACGAGCGUGAGGAUGCCUCCGCUAACGAGUCAGGCCCCGGUUUUUGCCGCAGGAGCCGACACGAGCGUGAGGAUACCUCCGCUAACGAGUCAGGCCCCAGCACCCUCUAUGACUUUUCAACCUGAUAUUUUCGCCCACGGAUCGACCCAAAGCGUGAGGCUGCCUCCGCAAGCGGCUCCAGCGGCUUCUUUUUCUGUUGAUUCUGUUCCCCAGACCCGUCAGCCUUUCACCCUGGCUACCGCAGCACCAAUGCCCAUCCCACCCAACGCAUUGGCCUUGGAACCUCCCCCUGUCAUCAAUUCCAUCAGGCAACAGAUCCUCGCAGAAAUUGAGGCAGCCGGCAUCAGAAGCGGAUCUUCACCCAACACUAGUGCCUCCCUAUUCAACUAUAAUAUUCCCUUAAAUCAUCCACUCAAAGACCUUCUUACCGCCUCUCUAGAUACUAUACUCCAAGCAAGCACAGCCCAUCUCAGGGCACAAACUGCUUCCUUCGCUCCCCUGGAGUCCUACCUUGCUCCUUACAGCACUACCUCACCUAUUACCUUUAAAAACUCCCCGCUCUCCUUCAGAGCACAAUUUUCUCCCAUCCCUACAUAUUGGCAGCAGCAGAUUUUGCUCCCCCGGAGCCCCCUAUAUUCUUCAAAACUACAGCCUUUGGGUCCAGGCCUCUGCCCCACCUCAUACUAUCCUUCUCAACCUCUUCACAGCACUUCUCAACAGUGCCCGCUCUCCAGAGCUGCCUUUUUCAAUUCUACCCUCUACUUCAGCAUUUUCCCCAAUGAGGGCCAGCACCUCGCCUUCUCAAGCCAGCCUUCUUUGGGGAAUUGUUGUUCAGGCGGCUGUCCUGCACCACCUGCUCUUUUUGGGGAUAACCCGGGUCAGGGCACGCCCCAGGCCCGGGGCUCCUUCCCCGGUCAAGGGACGAACGUUCCGAACUCGGGGGAUCACAAGGUUUCCAGUCGGCCAUUUGCAGUAUUUGGAAACUCUACAUCAGUUCAGUUUGGUCAUGACAACAUUCUACUUGGAGAAGAACCACAUCCUCUUAAACAUGUAGUAUUCUCCAGGAUUGAUCCUGUACAGAUAAAGAUAUCAGAAUGUCAUGUCUCAGUCAUUAACAUGAUUGACUUCACUGAACUUCACCUGGACUCUGUGGAUCAUCUCAUCGGUCAACUAAUGCAUGAAAAUCAAAUCUCUGCCUUCAUCUUUGUUGUGCGUCUGGGUCAGUUAACAGAUGCUGAUAAGAUGUGUCUUGAAUGGCUACAGUCAGUGUUUGGUGACAGAGUUCUUCAGUUUGUGAUGAUUCUCUUCACUUAUGAAGAAGAAAAAGAGUCUGACUCUAUAAUAGAUGAUCUGAAGAAAAAUAAUGUUCUGGAGGAGCUGGUAAAGAAAUGUGGAGGAAGAUAUCACACCUGCAGCAAAACCAUGAACAACCAAUCAGAGAUGAGAGAACUGAUGAGGAAGAUUGACCGUCUGUUUAAUGAGAAUAAAGAGCAGUGUUACACUGGAGAGAUGCACAACACCCAGUUACAAGAAAAACAGAAAAAGAACAAACCACAAGGCUGUGAAGACAGCAUGAAACAUUCUCCACAACAGAAAUGCAUGAUGAAUACAGGAAUGAAACAACAGCAGAUGGGUAACCAGCCCGCGCUGCAGCAAAAGACGACUACAUGCAUACUGCGCAGAGCGCGCACCCAUCUGCAGGAGGAAACUGCAGAAACAUGUUCAACAAAAGAGGGCCCAGCUCUUCUACACAAAGAAGAAAAGCUUAUGAGAGAUCAAAAGCAGCAUCUAUUUCACAGGCUUCGUCUUAAAGACAACAUCCACAAUAAACUAAACGCUGUAGAUGUUCUUCAGAUAUCUUCACAUUCAUUACAGUCCCGUGAGUCUUGUGAUGAAGAAGAGCUGGUGAUGAAUUAUCUACAAAACAUACUGAUGAUGAACUAUAGAGCAAGAUACAUUAAUAUUAAUGAGACCACUGAAAAACAUCACACACAACAAACAAACAAAGAUGCAUCUAAAGAUGGGGGGGAUUUUUUUAAAGAAGUAUCUUUUUCUAAUAAUGUGAUGAAAAAAACAAACCGUGUUCACCCGAUGGAUGUUCAGAUGGCUGUGUUUCAUUGUGCUGAUAGUUUCCUAAAGCAGAUGAUGGUCACUAAACUCUCACAGUGUCAGUUUGCUCUUCCUCUUCUUGUUCCUCAUCCAUUCACAAAACAGAUUGAGUUUCCUCUCUGGACAUUCAGACAAAUCAACAAGAGCUGGAAGAUGAGAAAUACUAACAAUGAAAUCAUCAGUAAAGAAGAGCCAGUGUAUAAAGCAGAAACUCCAAUGGUGUUGUUCUUCAGGUUUGGUUCUGUGUCUUCAUCCAAGUCUCAGCUGAUGAACAAUCUGAUCAAUGAGAAACACAACACGUUCUUCCACAGGAACUGUCCAGGCAGCAGCAGAACCAGACUACUGAUGGAAGGAGUGGUGGAGAUCACCUGGUUCUACCCAUCUGGAAUAGACACUGAUAGAUUUAAUAACUGUGUUGCCUUCUGUAAUCUUCAUGGUGAUGCAGGAGACAAUGAGAAACAACUGCAGAUUCUGACUGAAAAGUCUUUGGUCAAUGUCGUUCUUCUACCACAUAUUGACAAAAAUGACAAAAACGCAUCAAAAAUUCAAAAGCUGUACAAAGACAAAAAGCCACUUAUUUUCCUCUUUUCUGAUGAUGAAUCUGCUCUCACUGAGACACGGAAAGGAAAAUACAAAAUUGGUCUUAAAGACAGAAAUCAGUCAGAUGUAUCUGAAGAACUCAGAAGAGCUAUAAAUGAGUGUCUCUCAUCUUCAGCAUCAGCUUCCAUGUUCAGACUUGAAGAUUUGUCCAAACACUCAGAUAUCAGAGUAGAUGAGGAAGAUGAUGAAGACUGCAGGAGAGGAAGAGAAGCAGCACAGCAGAUGAUGAGUUUACUGGAGAAUAAAGAUCUGAGAGAAAUCAAAAAAUCACUUCUGCCCUGUCAGGGGAAAUUCUGGCAUCUGUGGUGUCAGAAGAACAAAGAACUUCAUCGACCUCAAGGGGAAGACAUAGAACAAGAAAUAAGUAGAAAACAAACAGAAAUGAAGAACAUACGUAAACAGCAACAUGAUCUUCACAUGAGUGAGUUUAUAAAGUUUUUUAUUAAUCAAAUGAACUCACAUGAAGCCAAUGUCAAUAGAUAUUUUCUUAACUGGCUCAGAAAUCUCCUGGAUGAAUUUACCUCAGCUGAUCUUUCUGAACUUCAAGUUCAAACAGAACUUAUGCGAAUAUCUGAAGAACUUCAAGCAGCAAGCUUUGGUUUGGAGCACAUCAUGAGAGAGAUCGGUCAGAUCUAUGAAUCAUGUUCAUCUGUGAAGAAGAAUAAGACAGAUCUUCAGAUUCACUUCUCUUCUCUCCCGAGUCUUGCAGCAGAGAUGAUGAUCUAUGGAUUUCCACUGGAGCUGAUGGAUGGAGAUGCUGCUCAUGUUCCUCUGAUCUGGAUCACUGCUGUUCUAGAUGAACUCAUACAGAAACUGGGAGACCAGAGAGUCUUUGUGCUGUCAGUUUUAGGACUUCAGAGCUCUGGGAAAUCCACCAUGUUGAAUGCCAUGUUUGGACUUCAGUUUGCAGUCAGUGCUGGCCGAUGCACCAGAGGAGCUUUCAUGCAGCUGAUCAGAGUAUCAGAGGAGAUGAAAGAUCAGAUGAAGUUUGAUUAUAUUCUGGUUGUUGAUACUGAGGGUCUUCGAGCUCUAGAACUGGCUGGAAGAUCCACAAGACAUCAUGACAAUGAAUUGGCCACAUUUGUUGUGGGUCUUGGACAGCUGACAUUGAUCAACAUCUUUGGAGAAAACCCAGCUGAGAUGCAGGAUAUUCUUCAGAUUGUUGUUCAGGCCUUUCUGAGGAUGAAGAAGGUUAGACUAAAUCCCAGCUGUAUGUUUAUACAUCAGAACAUUUCAGACAUCACAGCUGGAGAGAAAAACAUGGAGGGAAGGAGACGACUACAGGAGACACUGGAUAAAAUGACAAAACUUGCUGCUAAAGAUGAGGUUUGUGAUGCUGAAUGUUUCAGUGAUGUCAUUAAUUUUGAUGUACAGAAUGAUGUGAAGUAUUUUGCUCAUCUGUGGGAGGGCAACCCACCAAUGGCACCACCAAAUCCAAACUACUGUGAAAAUAUUCAAAAACUAAAGAAAACUAUUAUUUUACAAUCCUCAAAAUCUGAUGGUGUGAGGCUGACACACCUGCGUGAUCGAAUUAAAGAUCUCUGGGAGGCUUUACUAAAUGAACGAUUUGUGUUCAGCUUCAGAAAUUCUCUGGAGAUUUCAGUAUACAGGAGACUGGAGACAGAAUACAGCAAGUGGUUCUGGACUCUUCGCAGUGCCAUGCUGGAAAUUGAGAACAAACUACACAACCAAAUAGAAAAUAAGGCAAUUGAUGAGAUUGAGAAAACAGGUCUUCAGGCAGAACUGAUGGAGAAAACCAAAGAAUUGAAAAGCUCAAUGUCAGAAUUCUUUGAGAGAGAGACAGAUGCUGAUAUACUGAUUCAGUGGAAAUCAUCAUUUGAAAUAAAAAUCAAAGAUGUUAAAGAAAACAUUGUGAGAGAAACAAAGAUGAAAUUAAAUAAAAUUCUUCAGCAGCAGGACCUGAAGAAAAAAAUUGAUGAUCAGAGGACAAAACAUGAAAGCUUUCUUUUAGAAAAGAGUAAAGAACUUGCAUUGACACUCAAAGACAAAGCAAAUGAUAAAGCAACUCUGAAGAGAGAGUUUGAUUUCUUCUGGGAAAAGUGUGUGAAGAACAUCACCAAAGAUACUACUCCAAUCAAAGACAUUGACAUACUGAAAGAUGUGCAAAACCUCCUCAGAGACAUCUAUAAAAGUGUUCCUGUAGAACAUAGAAAUGAGAACACCGAUAUAUUCUAUGUUAAAAAAUAUUCUGAUUAUGUAACAUUAAAGAAAUCCAAUGGAUUGACAGGACAGGUUCAAAAUAUGUGCAAAGCAGCUAAAGAGGAGCUUGGUUACACUCUGUCUAAAGAUGAUGAAACACACAUAACAAACUUGAUCUCAGAUGUUGUUCAGGAGACAGACAAAAUGAUCAAGUCAUUUCAUAUUUCAAAGUUGGGCUACAACAACAGCUACAUUGAACAACUCACAGAGUACAUCAAGAUAAGAAUAACAGAAUAUAAGGAAAAGUCUGAGACAUAUCUGUUCAAGAAUGAAUUCUUCAUAGAUUUGGUAUUUUCUAUAUUUAAGAAGAGAGCAGAAAAGACAUUAAUUAACCAACACAGAAUGUUCAGAGAAGUCAAUGAUCCUGUUCUCUAUUUGGAGAAGAAGAGAUAUGAAUACUAUAGUAUUUUCCAGAAAUACUGUGAUAGACCAACAUCAACUGCUAUUUUUGGUGAGCUCAUCUGUCAGAAACUGAAAAGACCAAUUGAACAGAGUGUCUAUAAAAACAUUGGCAGAGAUUUAGCAGAUGAAAUCAGAUCAAACUGUCCAUCACUGAAUGAAAACAGAUCAAAUCGCGAGAAACACAUCCUGAAGAGACUGGCAGAAGAGGAGAACUUUUCUGCGUUCAAUGACUACAUUAAUUAUCCCAAAGAGCAUUUCAAGGAUUUUAUUAGAGAUGAAGUCCAUCAGUACAUCAGUGAUCAGUUCAGUAUCAGUGUUCAACCCAAGAUGAAUCAGAACAUUGAAGUUUGGCGAAAGAAGACUCUAAAAGCAGCACAAAAAUCUACUGAAUAUGUUGAAGUGAAGAGUGGAGAUGUUGAUUUGUGGUUGAUGUUUUUCACACAGAAGCUCUCAGAUGAUCUGAUAUUCUCUGUGAAGGACUUCAGUGGAGUCAAACAUGAUGAUGUUAAUGAUUUCAAACUCCUAGAAGAUGUGAUAAUAACUGAACUUCCAUCUAUAAUAUCUGACAUCAGCAGAGAGUUCAGCACAGAUACAUUUGAUAAAAAACUGGAUCUCAACAACAGACCAGAUGAGAUUCUGAUUGAUCAUUUCUGUCAGUGCUGUUGGGUUCAGUGUCCAUUCUGUAAAGCCACCUGCACCAACACAAUAGAGAAUCAUGAUGGAGAUCACAGUGUUCCUUUCCAUAGAGUGACUGGAAUCAAUGGAUUCUAUUUUAAUAAAACACAGACUCUCUGUACAGAAUUUUGCUCAACUGCAGUGAAAACUUCUAAAAUUUUUAAAUCAUCAGGUCAGUGGAUUUUAUUUAGUGACUACAAAAGUGCAGGACACGUUUAUGCAAAGUGGAGCAUCACCCCUGAUCUCUCCAAGAUGCCCUACUGGAAGUGGUUUGUGUGCAGAUUCCAGAAAGAUCUAGAGAUGUACCACGGAAAAACAUUCCAGGACAAGAUUCUAGAUGAAUGGAAAAAAUACACAAAAGAGGACGCAAUUAAGAGUUUAGAUAAAUACUACAGUCCAAAACAUUAAUUGUUCUUAAUGUUUUCAGCAGAAAAUGGAGCAUUUUUAAGAACAUUGCUCUGCUCAGGACAAAUCAGGGACAUUAAUUGAUUAUCAAGGAAUAUACACACACACACACACCAUAAGAAUCAGGGAAGUGUACAUUUCUGAAUAUGUACUGGGAUUUCUGAUGUGAAUUUUUUAUCAGGAUGGUCCAGCACCUUGAUAACAACAUUGUUUACAGUUACUCUGGCAGUUUACUAGAAAUUCAUUGUUCAGAUCAAUAUGAGCAAUUGCAGAGGUAAGUACGAAAUCCUGUUUAGAGAGAUGGAAAUAUAUAAAAUUCUUAAGAGUUUUCAACAUGCUCCUGUCAAUAACUCACUGAAAGGUAUUAAGAUGUUUUUUUAAUUAACAAAUUAUUAAUUAUUUUUUAUUAAAGGUCGCACUGGCGCGACUGCAAAAUUUUAAUAUAAUUAUAUUAAUAUAAUGCGCAGGCAAUUACGUCUACGGGGCAUCCAGUCCCUCUUCCUGUUGCUGCACCUUCCCUUGUCUUUCUAUCAUAUCUCAGGUGCAUAUCACCGCACCCUCUGACAGUACAUUAACAUUGGGCGUAAUUGGCUUUCUUGCACUAGGUUAUUUGCAUAAUACGAUCUGAUUGGCUGACGCACACGUUGGCACUUGAAAAGUUGAGAAAUGUUUAACUUCUGCUGGUCAUGUCUCUUUUGUCCAAUUUUUUGUCCACUGUCCACUAAAAAAGUCUCUUUUGUCCACUUUUGACCGCUUUUGUCCUGAUUACUGAGGGGAUGGUUUGUGGAGACUGUGGGUGAUUCUCUCGGCUGUCAUUUAAAUUUGAGGGGGAGAAAUUACAGGUUUAAAUUGCACCAAACUAAUAUUGUGUCAGAAUCCGCUGCUUGUGUUGUAAGUAAACAUGCUGCACAGUGUAUUGUACAUGUAUAUGUAAGAGCUUUCUCUGAUAUUUCAGCGCAAUUGAUGAAAUAAUCUCACACAACUUCCACACGCAUGCAAAAUGAAACUAAUGAAACAGGCGGAGAUCAGCCGCUUUAGUUUUAUUAAUGAAAGCCUAAAGAUAGCGCUGUAAACUGUGUGUAAAAAAUUGUGCUCAGUACCUCAAAAUUAGAGUUUACAAGUCCUGGCCAAAUGAUAUCUUCAGAGUGCAUGGAGACAUUUUGUGGCGAUUACAUCAAAAAAAUUUGAUUUCUUUACUCAAGUCUGUGUUAAAGUAGCUUAAUGCUGCGUUUACACCAGCCGCGGUAGAGGAAGCGUUUGGCGUGGUAGACGCGAUUCCUCCUCAUUUGCGUGUCUAGUUUGCUUGAAUUGAGCAUCUGGCGGGGUACGCACGAAUGGUGCUUUUUGAGCAUUUUGCGUUUGACACGAAUUUGUGGCUGCACCCGAGUUGAAGAUUCAGGAGCCUACUUGCUGCUGUGGCGGCAGCCCCGCCCAGAGUCACUCAUUCAACAUGAAGAAACGCUUGAUAUUGUCCAUAAGCAGUCACCCAGAGCUACACAACACAAGUUCUUAUUUCUAUAGAGACAGGAAUAAAAAGGACCUCACUUGAAAGAGUGUCAGUGAGGACAUUGGGCAACCUGGUAAGUUGUAAAUACACAUUUCACUUUUGAGUCACGUGACGUUUAUUGAACUGCGCCGUUUAUUUCCCCCCUAUGGUAAGGUGACCAAAUAUCAACAUCAGCCAUGUUGCAAACAGACAACCAUAUAGCACUUGCCCCUCCAACAAGAAGCGGAUUUUGCCUCUGACGCGCGUCAAAUGCUUGCUUUUUCCGUGCGUCCACUUCGCUCUAGACGCACAAAUGCAUUCAAACUGUCCAAGCGACAAACUAGGCGCGGUAGACACGAUUUUGAUGCCUCAAACACGGUUGGUGUAAACGCAGCAUAAAGCUUUUACAACAAAGUACUGUAGGGCUGGACGAUAUGGCCAAAAUUUUUAUCAACGGUAUACUUCUAAUUUUCGGUUGGUACGGUAUAAAUCCGAUAACGGUAUGAAUGUUAAAAAAAGCCUUGGGAUAAACUGCAAAGAAUGCACAAAACAAAUGCCUGUACAUACAACUUCUAAAUAUACUCUAUAUACUAGGGUGCCUUUUAAUUGAUUUGCUGUAUUUCGACAUGGAAGGGCGGGGCGCUCUGUCACGUACUUAAUUAAAUUUUGCCUGUUUCAUUAUUUGGAGGUUGUUUUAUAUGUAUUUACCAAGUCUAUGAAGCCUCCUCCUAUAAAACUAUAUGAUAUUUACAAAAAUAAAAAUGGAAUAGUAAAUUGAUGUUCCUUUUUUAUUUGUAUUUAGCCUUCAUAGGAAAUUAAAUGUAAACUCACUGUCAAAUAAUCUGACUUCGGGGCUCACCUUUAAUAUUAAUAAGGUUCAUCUGAAUGUCAGUCAGUGAUAAAUGCUGUAAUGCAGAGGUCUCAAAUGAAUAGAUAAUUUUAAUAACAAAUUCUUCAGUCACAGUAUUAACUUUCAUAAUUGCAUAAUUUUGAUAAAUUUACUAUUAUAGUAAUAUGUGGAAAAGUAUGAUUAAAUAUUCUAAGUGACCAAUAGGUGCCUACAUACUUUUAUCUAUUGCACGUUUCUUUUCCCCUUUUUUAAAACGUGAACCUGAUUUUUCUCAUCCGUAGAUCAGUUUGUGUUACAAAUGAGCGCCUAAAUUCUGAUCAGGCAUUACGUUUUCCGGAAUGCGCGGCUCAUGUUUGCUUAGCUGCGAAAGACGGCAAGCGCUCUGAAGGAAGAAGCGCAUUGACUGGCGUUUAACACGUGUUUUUAGAUGUGACACGCGAACGGCCACGGGACGCUGUAAUGUUUAUCUAAAUAUCGAAACUAUAUCGAUAUUGAAUUAUUGUCCAGCCCUACAACAAAGUAAUAAAAGGUUUAUUGUAAGUUUAAUGGUUAACAGUAAGGAAAAUAUAUGUUAAGAGUAUGGUUAAAGGAACAGUAUGUAGGAUUGUGGCCAAAACUGGUACUGCAAUCACAAACCUUGUGGCUAAAACUGGUACUGCAAUCACAAACCUUGUGGCUAAAACUGGUACUGCAAUCACACAACUGGUGGCCAAUACACAAAAUGACAACAUAAACAUCAGUUGAGGGCUGCAACUCCACUUUUUAAAUGACAAUAUCCUGGCCAGACUACUCAGUGAUAUAAGUACUUGAAAUGAAAAUGUUUUCUUAAUGUCUAGUGACAUAUCAGGGCCAUUUUAUGAUUAAUUGAUAUAAAUGU